CCACAACACAUUCAUUCACAUAAGGAGGGAGUGAGAGGCUUACACAGCGAGUUAGAGUGAGGAGGUUAAAGCUGAAAGAACGUCACUUCUUUUGCUCCCUUUUUUCGGAACUACAGGUCAAAAUGAUGAACUUUUUGAUGUUUGCCGUCAGUCUCACUUUCUAUCAGAUCGGGAGGAAUCCUGCCUGUGCCGGGAUGUGCUGGCUGCAGCAGAGCCAGCGGUGUGACAUGGUGCUGAUGAGAGGGGUCACCAGAGAGGAGUGCUGCGCCGGGGGCCGUCUGAACACAGCCUGGUCCAACACCAGCCUGCCCAUGAAUGAGGUCAGCCUGCUGGGGUUCUUGGGAAUUGUCCCCUGCAAGCCCUGCAAAGAGACGUGCGAGGGCGUCAAGUGCGACCCUGGGAAAGUGUGCAAGAUGAAAACGGGAAGGCCGCAGUGCAUGUGCUCUCCCGACUGCUCCCACGUCGCACGUCAGCACGCCGUGUGCGGAAGCGAUGGCAAGUCCUACAAGGACGAGUGCGUUCUGCUGAUGGCGCGCUGCAUGGGACAACCCGACCUUGAGGUCAUGUACCAAGGAGAGUGCAAAAAGUCGUGCGCCAACGUUGUAUGUCCGGGGACGCACACCUGCGUGACCGACCAGACCAACAGCGCCCACUGCGUCAUGUGCCGUUCCACGCCCUGCCCCAGACCCCUGCCUUCCGAGCAGCCCAUCUGCGGCAACGACAGCAUCACCUACCCCAGUGCCUGCCACCUUCGCCGCGCCACCUGCUUCCUUGGCCACUCUAUAGGAGUCCGUCACUACGGCCACUGCAACAGUCCUCCAAGAAAAGCACAACUUUUCGAGGGCAGCGAGGAAAACGCCGUCUAGAUUCUACCGAGCUCAUCGGCCUCUUUCCAAUAUGACCUCUAUCGGGUUUUCUCAUGACAAUCAUCCCUCCCUUUUGUAGACACUUUGAUAUUUACGCAAUGGUGUAGUGCGGGCGAAAAUAUGUAUGCUAGUAGUUUUUCACAGUAGCAAUAUAAAUAGGGCCGCUCCCUCCACAACCCAUUUUAGAGUCCCUGUGUGUCAUAGCCAGUCUGCAAUGACGUCUUCAAGGUUUGAAUUGUCCAUGCUUCCAUCAAUCCAUCUUCUUCCGCUUAUCCGAGGUCAGGUCGCAGGGGCAGCAGCCUAGGCCACUUCGUCCAGCUCUUCCCGGGGGAUCCCGAGGCGUUCCCAGGCCAGCCGGGAGACAUAGUCUUCCCAACGUGUCCUGGGUCUUCCCUGUGGCCUCCUACCGGUCGGACGUGCCCUAAACACCUUCCGAGGGAGGCGUUCGGAUGGCAUCCUGACCAGAUGCCCGAACCACCUCAUCUGGCUCCUCUCGAUGUGGAGGAGCAGCGGCUUUACUUUGAGCUCCCCACGGAUGGCAGAGCUUCUCACCCUAUCUCUAAGGGAGAGCCCCGCCACCCGGCGGAGGAAACUCAUUUCGGCCGCUUGCACCCGUGCUCUUGUCCUUUCGGUCAUAACCCAAAGCUCAUGACCGUAGGUGAGGAUGGGAACGUAGAUCGACCGGUAAAUUGAGAGCUUUGCCUUCCGGCUCAGCUCCUUCUUCACCACAACGGAUCGAUACAGCGUCCGCAUUACUGAAGACGCCGCACCGAUCCGCCCGUCGAUCUCACGAUCCACUCUUCCCUCACUCGUGAACAAGACUCCGAGGUACUUGAACUCCUCCACUUGGGGCAGGGUCUCCUCCGCAACCCGGAGAUGGCACUCCACCCUUUUCCGGGCGAGAACCAUGGACUCGGACUUGGAGGCUCUGAUUCUCAUCCCAGUCGCUUCACACUCGGUUGCGAACCGGAUCAGUGAGAGCUGAAGAUCGUGGCCGGAUGAAGUCAUCAUGACCACAUCAUCUGCAAAAAGCAGAGACCUAAUCCUGAAUUGUGUGUUAAUGCAAAUUCAGUAAUGCGCCCUACCUCUGCCAAACCUAAUUUGGUUUGAUAUAUCUGCUGAAAUACCCAAAAAGAGAACGUAUGGUGGCACCCAGAGGCUAAGAACCUUUGUUCAGAAGUCCUCUGCAAAAACAUGCAUGCUAAAAAUACAGCAAUUUGUAUUAAUCGGUGGCAGAUGAACACAUCCAGAUAAAGACAUAACUAUACGGGAGACGUGUGCAUAUUGUAAAUAGAUUACCACAACUAUUUAUUGGAGAAGGUAUCAAUCACUAUUUAUGUUCUUAAUCCUAUUAACAAAACAAUGUAUCCAAAUUGCUAUGUAUUUAUUGUGUUUAUUUUUAUUCUCCCACAGGCAAACCACAUUUUUUACGGCCUUAUCUCACAAUAGUUUUUUUUCCAACCCUCAUUUGGGUGGAAAGCCAGUUUUAGCUCAGCAAUUUUUAAAGCUGCACUGUGAUUGUUAAAGUUAUUUUGGGGGGGGCUAGCAGAGAUCUAAACUAACAUGUAUAGCCUGUUGUGUUUUCAGCAACCAGAUCCAAACAACUGCAACAAUACCUCCUCUGUUUGUAAAUACCUUGCUUUGUAAGACAUGGUCCAUCAGCCCGGCACUGUUUUGUGCUCCAAUUUGAUUGGUAUUCUUAAAAGAAUUCAGCGGAGGGGGGAGAGGCGAAGAUUGAAUUAGUCUCGGAAUGGACCACAGUAGCUAUAUAGGCCAACACUUGAUGUAGUCUUGCGUGGUGUUGACAUCUGCCAGGUGAUCCCAAUGAACUUCUAAAGUCAAUCCUCCACGUUGAACUCACCGUACAAACUCCUUCCUUUCUGUGUGUAAUACCUACUGUGACAUUUCAGCAAUAAAUGCAUUGAAUUUUUUUACUUC